AUGGACUUGAAAACAGUAUCGACCAAAAUGUCUCAGAUAACUCUUUUCACUGACUCUCGGCUGCCCUGCCCUCAGAGACUGCUACUCACUAUCCAUGAAAUUGGGCUCCAGAUCAAUGAUAUUAGAGAGGUUGACAUUUCUAAAUUUGAACACAAGCAACCAGAUAUCUUGGAACUCAACCCUUUCGGCGCUGUACCGUUCAUUCGAGAUGAGGCUCAUAAUCCGCCAUUGAUGUUGGCCGAGUCACGCGCCAUUGCAAGAUAUUUGGCACAUGCAUAUGGUAGUAACGAUGUAUCAGCUUCACUGCUUCCGGAUCCAAACGACGUUGUCGCGAUAGCCAAGUUUGAAGAAGCAGCAUCAAUCGAGCUUACUUCUUUUGACGCUGCUGCCAAUCAGCUCGUCUUUGAAGAACUAUUCAAACCUAAUUGGUUCCACGGCGAAACGGAUGCUGAGAAGUGCAAGAUUCUUAGAGAAAGGCUUGAGCAAGUCGUUGACUUGCUAGAUAAGAGACUUGAGAGUCAAAAAUUCAUGGCAGGCGAUAAAUUGACCGUGGCGGAUCUUUUCUUUGUCCCUUACAUGCAUCAUUUGGACCAGAGUGUAUACCCAACACUGAUGCAUUCUCGGCCACACCUGAGCGCAUGGUGGAAGAGGAUAACCACUCGCGAAUCUUACAAAAGCAUAUUUGCACUUCAUCAACUGGCUGCGACAAUGUCAUGUCGCUAA